CCGAAAACACGGACCGGCAGACGGCAACGAUCAAACUCGAACCAUGGCGUGCCCGAUGUUUACAAGGCCAUGCUGUCGGAUUCCAGGCCCGACGAAGCCCGGCCGCCGAAGAAGCGCAAGCUCGACGCGCCUCCUGCUUCUCCACCCGUCCAGACUGUCAGCGAUAGCUCCGAAGGCACCGGUGACAGCGAUGUUGAGUGGGAAGAGGUUGAAGUGGGCUCCGGCGCUGAUUACCUUCUUCGGUCGCCCCAGCGCGCUCAGGAAGCAGACACCUUAGAAAUCAGCAUAGGCGGCCCUGAGGCGGCCAAGAAGGCACCGACAAAGGCUCGUAGGAAAGCAGCAACUGCUGCUGAAAAGCUGAUGAAGCUCAACAUCCAUAAGGUGCACGUGUUAUGCCUGCUCUAUCACUCUUACGUAAGGAACGCGUGGUGCAACGACCCAGCAAUCCAGGCAUCCUUAAAAAGGUUCCUUAAUACAAAAAUGUCCACCUCCCUGACAUUGAACCCUAAAUCCAGCCAGUUCCAGGCUACUAGGGCUUUUGUAGAUGGCCUCAACCUGGCAAAGGACGUUUGGAAAGAUUUCAAAAUAAAUGCUACUGGAACGAAAAGGGCAAAGUGGGCAGAGGAUCCAAAAGAUCUUGAAGCGUACAAACCUCCAGAAAACGAAGACACAAUGCUAGACAUCUCAGAUCUACGAAAGGCAGCUAUAGCAUUUGAAGGUUCCCCUGAUACCGGCGCGCAACUUUUCUGCGCCUUUUUACGUGCAUCUGGUGUUGAGACUAGAUUAGUCGCCUCAUUGCAACCGCUCCCGUUCGCGUCGGCUGCUAAUAUCCUACCCCCUGUCUCGUCAACACCGGCCAAAGCAACCACCUAUGUUUCCGGGAGCGAUGGCGACGAAGGACAAAGCUCCUUGCCCGUACCCGAAUCAAAACCAUCCAGGGGCGCGGCAGCGACGCCCAUUAAGAGGAUAAAGAGAAUGGGACAGCCAAGAACUAGUGUUUCUCCCUACCAAGGAUCGCCAUCACAGGCUACAGUACAAAAAAGCACCGUUAUUCCACCACCACGGUAUCCAGUCUAUUGGGUAGAAGCAUUCAAUACUGCUAAUCAGAAAUGGCUACCAGUAGAUCCAAUAGCAACCAUGACCGUCGGAAAGCCUUUCAAAAUAGAGCCUCCGCUUAGCGACCUGGAUGUUAACAUGACAUACGUUGUGGCCUUUGAGGCAGAUGGUGUCGCGAAAGACGUCACUCGUAGGUACGCCAAAGCAUACAAUGCAAAAACCAGAAAACUCAGGGUAGAAACGACGCCAAGUGGAGAUCGAUGGUGGAGGAAGGCCAUGAAGAUCUUUCGCCGUGGAAUAGUUUUGGAUAGGGACCAAGUUGAAGAUGCGGAGCUUGCCAAGAGGGAAGCUUCUGAGGAGAUGCCAAAAAACAUGCAGGACUUCAAGGACCAUCCGUACUACGUGCUUGAAAGGCAUCUCAGGCACAAUGAAGUCAUUCAUCCAAAGAGAGAAGUUGGCAAGGUCAAUGUCGGAUCCUCUGCUGUCAGCAAGCUGGAACCAAUUUAUCGGCGCCGGGAUGUGCAUUCUCUGAAAAGUGCGGACAAGUGGUACCGGCUCGGCCGGGAAGUCAAGCCAAGCGAGCAACCUCUAAAGCAUGCUAAGCCACGCCGAGACCGCCACGCAGGAUUAGAAAUCGAGGAAGACCCAGGUCACAGUGCCGAGGGAAUUGUUGGUGCUGGCCUUUACGCGGACAUUCAAACCGAGCUCUACGUUCCACCACCGAUAGUCCGUGGUCGUGUUCCUCGUAAUGCCUUUGGGAAUCUUGACGUCUAUGUAGCAUCCAUGGUCCCUCGAGGGGGGGUACACAUUCGGCAUCGUGAUGCUGCCAGAGCCUCCCGCAUUCUCGGCAUUGAUUACGCGGAUGCAGUUACUGGAUUCCAAUUCAAGGGACGGCACGGCACGGCAAUUAAACAAGGAGUUAUCGUCGCGGAAAACUUCAAGGAAGCAGUUGAGAGUGUAAUUGAAGGUCUAGGUCAAGCGCAACAAGAGGAUGAGAAGAAAAAGCGUUCAAACGAGGCUUUGAGGUUGUGGCGAAGAUUCCUACUGGGCUUAAGGAUCAAGCAACAGGUCCAGUCAUACGCCUCAGGAAAUGAAGAAAGAGACAUUGGCAAGGAGGUAGACCGGAUAGAUGCUGAUGCAGCUGAGAAAGAACAAGCCGGUGGGUUUUUCCGCGCUGCCGCCAUGAGCGAAGAUCCGGACCCUACAGGAGACCGCCGAAGCCCCAACAACACUGACUACAUCAGUCUAGAAGGAGGGUUCGUUCCCGAAGACAACAGCCACGAAAUAUUCCGGAGCUCCUUAAUGCGUGAGAAUUCGCAUCAACAACACUUCCAGCGCGAUGUCGAUAUGGAUAUGGGAGGUGGAGGGUUUCUGCCGGAUGACUCGUCAAUGCAUGGUUCAAAUGAAGAAGAGAGUCCUCCCGGUAAACAGGGUAGAACGAUUCUUGAAAGAGAAAAUAAAUCCAUUCCAAACGAAGGAGGUGGGUUCUUGCUGGAAGACAACGCCAAAUUGGAGCCGGAAGAUGGAAAUGGUUUCUCUGUCAACACACCCGUAGAAUGGCCAUCAAAUCGGGAAGAAGCAUCCCCAAAGGAUGCUGUGGUUGACCAAAGCGAGAACGGGGCGAUUUCCGAACAAGCGCCAUUUGAAGAACCGGUUAGGGAAUCGAAGUUCCACAAACAGGACGUCCAAAAAAUUCAGGAGGGAACUGCGACAGAGGACCCAGCAGUCGAUACACCGGAAAAUGCCUUGGGUGAUACUUCGGCCCAUUCCGUUGCUCAGACGGAACCUGACGGAUUCAAUAAAACCAAUGAGAUGGACAUGGUCAUUCAAAGUCCACAUACUCCCAAGUCGGAGACAAGCGAAGAGGUGCCUGCUUCCGAGGACGACAAAGGUUCUCUGCUUUCACAUGACCCGGAGGAUGAAGAUGCAGAACCAGAAUGGCUCCUGAGUGAUUAACAUGCAAAAUAGGAUAUGUACCGUAUCAUAGCCUUAAGGUCGAAUUACAAGCCGAG